AACCAACCAUCCUAGUUGCGUGCGUCCACCGCCUUUUCGCGCGUAACACCCAGAUCCCUCCUUCCUGUUAUUGAGUUGAAUUCCUCCCGUUUGAUCCGUGUAUAGAGAAGUUCAUUCUCCCCUAACCAUUUUUUCAUUUUGAGUUCUCUGAUACGAAAAUGGAGCAAGUCACCAGGCGCACUCAGGUCCUACGUAAUCACCUUCUCCUCCAAUCCACACCGCCCGGACUGCUCUCCCCAAACCACUGCGUCAACUACUCUCCCCCUGACGUCGCUGAACCUUUGUCCUUCAACCCCACCGACAUGCGCAUAUUACUCGACGCUCACAAUAUUCCCGACCGCGAUUGGCUUUUCGGCCUAUUCACCCAGAGCCACCUCUUCAACCCUUUACCGCGGGGCGCCAAAGUUUUUGUCUUGCCCGACUAUAACCAGCCCAUGGAGCAGCAGCGGGAGGUCACCAUGGAGCGGAUUUGGUAUAUGUUGGAGAAAGGUGUCUAUGAGGGUUGGCUUACGGACACUUCGCCCGAGGCCCAAAUGAGGAGGUUCGCGCUCCUUGAGGUUAUUGGGAUUUAUGAUCAUUCCCUCGCGAUUAAGCUUGGAGUUCAUUUCUUUUUGUGGGGAGGUGCUAUCCAGUUCUUUGGCACAAAGAGCCAUCAUGACAAGUGGCUGACGGACACUGAAAAUUAUACAAUCAAGGGUUGCUUUGCGAUGUCUGAAUUAGGGCAUGGGAGUAAUGUUCGAGGAAUUGAAACUGUCACCACUUAUGAUUCUAACAGCGGAGAGUUUGUUAUUAAUACACCCUGUGAAUCUGCCCAGAAAUAUUGGAUUGGAGGGGCAGCUAAACAUGCGACACACACCAUAGUCUUUUCUCAGCUCAAGAUAAAUGGGAAGAAUCAAGGAGUCCACGCAUUCAUAACCCAGAUUAGGGAUGCAGAUGGCAAUGUCUGUCCAAACAUCCGAAUAGCUGAUUGUGGUCAUAAAAUUGGUUUAAAUGGUGUUGACAACGGUCGAAUAUGGUUCAAUAAUGUGCGAAUCCCCAGAGAGAACUUAUUGAAUUCAGUAGCUGAUGUUUCACCAGAUGGGCAAUAUCUGAGUGCCAUAAAAGAUCCAGAUCAGAGAUUUGCAGCAUUCUUGGCCCCUUUGACAACUGGCCGUGUGAAUAUUGCCAUCGCAGCAAUUUACUCGUCCAAGACUAGCUUAGCAAUUGCCAUAAGGUACUCAUUGACAAGGCGAGCCUUCUCUGUCACACCAAAUGGGCCUGAAGUUCUUUUGCUUGAUUACCCAAGUCAUCAACGACGACUGUUGCCUCUGCUUGCAAAGACGUAUGCUAUGAGUUUUGCUGGAAAUGACUUGAAAAAGAUAUAUGUGAAGAGAACUCCCGAGUCAAACAAAAUCAUUCAUGUUGUUUCAAGUGCGUACAAGGCUACUUUCACCUGGCAUAAUAUGAGAACUCUUCAGGAAUGUCGUGAGGCCUGUGGAGGACAAGGUCUGAAGACUGAAAAUCGUGUAGGUCAUCUGAAAAGUGAAUAUGAUGUGCAGUCCACUUUUGAGGGGGACAACAAUAUUCUGAUGCAACAGGUCAGCAAGGCACUGUUCUCAGAAUAUGUAGCAACUAAGAAGAGAAACAAGCCAUUUAAAGGAUUGGGGUUAGAACACAUGAAUAAACCUUGCCCAGUCAUCCCAUCUCAGCUUACAAGCUCUAAUGUUAGGUGCAGCGAAUUCCAGGUAAAUGCAUUCUGCUUAAGAGAGCGGGAUUUACUGCAUCGUUUUGCUACCGAAGUAUCAAAAUAUCAAGCUCAGGGACAAAGCAAAGAGUAUGCCUUCCUUUUGAGUUAUCAACUAGCAGAAGACUUGGGCAGAGCUUUCUCGGAACGCAUAAUACUGCAAACAUUUAUAGAGGCUGAGGCAACUGUACCUUCUGGUCCAUUGAAGGAUAUCUUAAGUCUCAUGCGAUCCAUGUAUGCGUUGAUUUGCCUGGAAGAAGAUGCUGCUUUCCUCCGAUAUGGGUACUUAACGACUGAUAAUGCUGCUGUAGUGAGGAAAGAGGUGACAAAAGUAUGCAGUGAACUCCGUCCGCAUGCACUUGCUUUGGUUAAUUCCUUUGGCAUCCCGGACGCUUUUCUGAGCCCUAUAGCUUUUAACUGGAUUGAUGCAAAUGCUUGGUCUUCAGUUCAUCACUAGCUAGGUAUUAUAAUUCCUCGCAUUUGCAGCAAUUUACUGUCAAUAAGAUGGCUCGAAUAACGUUUCUACCUAGAAUGUGGUUGAGGGCGAGCUUCAUAUGACUAUUUAAUAAUAAUAUAUGUUAUUUUUUAAGCAA